AUGUGUUGUGUCCUGGAGCUCUCUCCAUCAUCAUAAAACAUCUUUAUGUAGUUGCCUUUCUUCUCUAGGAAGAUUGAAAGAUGUUUUCCCAUCUGCUAGGCUUGGCAGAUACUUUGCUUCUAAGUGGAGUCCUUAGCCCUUCUGACCUACUCUUUUCUCUGACCUCGAGGAUUUAUGCGACUGCUGUUAAGGUGUAAAAAGCAGCUGCCUGAGUUUCUUCCAAGAGCUACCAAAUUUUGGGCAUGGCUCGCUGGUGACUUUAGUCUUGGUGUAAUGGUUGUCCUUAAGUGGCCAAAUAUGUGCAUGGUGUGGGCACUGAAACCACCCGAACCUUAUCCAAUUCCUGCCUCAGGAAUCGAUAUUUGCCGCGCUGGGUGUCCUGGGCUGUGCCCAGCAGCUGCUCCAGCUCCUCCUGGCGUUUGCCGGCAGGUUCUUGGGGCAGGACCGUCACCCAGGGUCAGCAGAACCCUCAUCAACGCCUCUUUUUGUGCUGUUUGCCCCCAUAGUAGGGAGUUUGGUGGGAAAAGGCAAAUGGCAAUUUAACCUUGUUCCCCAGCUCUCUCUUUGCCCAGUGGAUUCCAUGCCAGCCCGGGGACGGGUUCCUGGCAGCGCUGGAGCGGCCGAGCGCAGGUUGGAUACACAUCCCUGUGCGCUUUGUGUGCACAGCGGAGUUUCCUUGGGAAGCGAUCGGUCUUGUUAUCUGUUAGAGCGCACAGGAAAGAUUAAAUCUCUCUGGGAUAUUUUUAGAGCUGCUGGGAAAGAGGUUUUGGGUGGUGUGCACGGAGUUGGCCUGGGGUAGUGCAAAAGAGCUGCCUUUGGAGAAGCAAACCUGAAUGUUUCUGCUACUGUUCUGCAGGGUUUCCCCCUCCUCUCCCCGGGGCUGGACACAGCUGGUGGGAGGGAUUUCUGAGUGUCAGCAAGAACAGAACCCAGAGAGCAUGUGAGGAAAAGGCGCUAGACCUGGAGAGGCAGGAGGGAGGUUCUGCUGCUCCUGGAGUGCGGGGAGGCUGCUCGGGGUGUGUGCGGGAGUCGCUGAGGAAGAGGAGGGCGAGGGCUGCGGCAGGACGGCGGCUGCCGCUCUGCCACGGGCUCCAGGACCCUCUGCCUGCUUUGGGGCGAGCCCUUGGGGCUGCACCUUUUUGGGGUGCAACCUUUUGCCUUUCCUGUCCCGAGUGCUGAUUUUUGCAUUGCCCGCUGAAGUGGGUCGCGACUCCAGAUCAGCUAAAGCCACAUGGGGCUUCAUUGCUGGACAGAACCCAGGUCUUGUGAGCCACCGGCUCUGCGGGCUUUGUCAAGAAGCAAAUGCCAGACGGAAAAGUCGCUUCAGUACAUUUCACUACAAGCAAAUGAGCGUAAGAAGCCGGGUUUGGUUUAGGAAACACCCAGCGACAAUCCGCACUAUAAUCAUUUCCCGCGGACUGAAGAAACUUUGCUGAACUGAACCCACAUGGGAGGAAGCAUCCAGGAGUGAAAAAUCCGCUCUGCUGGCAGAGGAGUCCCCUGUGCUCCGACAGCAUCGUGCUUGGCCGGACACCAGUGCGUGGGGACAGGAGGUGGCCGGGUGCCCUGGGGACUGCAGGACCGGGGUGCUCGGGACCCCCAGCGCUGGGCAGAGGGGCUGUUGCCAUGGGGCUCUGGGCGGCCGCGCUGUCCUUCAUCCUCGCGCUGCGAAUAUCCGCUCUGGCUUCUGGCAGCAAACUGCAGCCCCAUAUGCCGAACGUGUGCGCGGUGCGGGAGCUGGCGGUGCUGGGCCAGCGGCAGCCGUGUGUCCGCGCCGUGCCCCGCGGCGCCGGGCUCUGGCAGCAGCGCACCAGAACCAUGUACCACACGGGCUACAGACUGGUGUACACCAUGAGGUACCAGACCACAUACCGGUGCUGCCCGGGCUGGUCCCAGCGCGCCGGGGACGCCGGCUGCCUGUACCCUGCCUGCGCUUACGGGCUUUGCUUCAAUGGGGGAAACUGCGCAGAGGGGUCCUCGAAGCUCUGCCACUGCUCCUCUGGAUUCCAAGGGCCUCGCUGUCAGUACGAUGUGGACGAGUGCGCGGUGGGGAACGGCGGCUGCCAGGCCCGGUGCCACAACACCCCGGGCAGCUUCCACUGCUCGUGCGCGGCGGGACGGCGGCUGGAGCGGGACGGGAGGACGUGCCGAGAUGUUGACGAGUGCCAGGUCCUCAACGGGGGCUGCCAGCACAGAUGUGUGAACACCCUUGGAUCUUAUUACUGUGAAUGCAAGCCGGGCUUUCGCCUGCACACAGAUGGCAGGACCUGCAUUGCCCUGAACACGUGUGCCCUGAACAACGGCGGCUGCGAGCAGGACUGCGUGCAGGUGACGCCGGCACAGCACCGCUGCCAGUGCCGCCACAACUACCAGCUGCGGGAGGACGGCAAGCGCUGCGUCCUGCGGAACCCCUGUGCCGACAGGAACGGCGGCUGCAUGCACCGGUGCCACAACCGGCGGGGCACAGCCCGCUGCGAGUGCCACCCCGGCUACCGCCUGGCGCCCGACAACAAGGCCUGUGAAGACGUGAAUGAGUGUCUGACCGGGCUGGCCAUGUGUGCACACCAGUGUCUGAACACUCGUGGCUCCUUCAAGUGCACCUGCAACCCGGGCUACGAGCUGGGGGCCGAUGGCAAGCAGUGCUACCGGAUAGAGAUGGAGAUUGUCAACAGCUGCGAAGCCAACAACGGUGGCUGCUCCCACACGUGCCACCACACCAGCUCCGGCCCCGCCUGCACCUGCAACUUCGGCUAUCGGCUUGAAGGGGACCAGAAGACGUGCACUGACAUCAACGAAUGUGACGAUGGUUCUCACUGCUGUCAGCAAGACUGCUACAACUACCCCGGAGGCUACGAGUGUGCGUGCUACGCGGGGUACAGGCUCAGCAGGGACGGCUGCGGGUGCGAUGAUGUGGAUGAGUGCUCUUCAAACAACGGCGGAUGCGAACACACGUGCCACAACCAGCUGGGGUCUUUCCAGUGCGACUGCGAGGUUGGGUACAAGCUGGACGAGGACCGACGGAGCUGCAGCGCUCUCGAGGAUGCUGUGGAGGCUCUGGAUGCUCGGCGCCCCGUUAUCCGCCCAAUCCCUCACGUCGCCAUCCUGCGAGAUGAAUUUACCCAGCUCUUUAGUGAUGACUACGAAGAAGAGGAGGAAGAGAUGGAAGCAAGAGGGGAGCACACACUUUCAGAAAAAUUUGUCUGCCUGGAGCGCACGUUUGGCCCCGACUGCAGCCUGACCUGCCAGGACUGCCAGAACGGCGGCACCUGCACCGCGGAGGGCACCGGUUGCGACUGCGCGGCGGGCUGGACCGGCGUCCUCUGCAACCAGACCUGCCCGGCCGGCACCUUCGGGAAGAACUGCAGCCUGAGCUGCCGCUGCCAGAACGGCGGCACCUGCGACCCGGCCACCGGCGCCUGCCGCUGCCCGCCCGGCGUGGCCGGAGAGCUCUGCCAGGACGGAUGCCCUAAAGGAUUUUAUGGGAAACAGUGCAGGAAAAAGUGCAACUGUGCCAACCAGGGUCGUUGCCAUCGGAUUUACGGAGCCUGUCUGUGCGAUCCUGGCUUAUACGGACGGUACUGCCAUUUAGUGUGCCCCAAGUGGGCGUUCGGCCCCGGCUGCUCGGAGGAGUGCGGCUGCGAGCAGCAGAACACGCAGGACUGCGACCGGCGGGACGGCUCGUGCCGCUGCAAACCCGGCUACCGCGGCCCGCGCUGCGAGACCCGCUGCGACCCCGGCUCUUACGGGGACGGCUGCAGGAAACAGUGCAGCUGCCCCCCCGCAGUGUCCUGUGACCACGUCACCGGGGAGUGCAGGACGGAGUGUCCCCCGGGGUACCGCGGGCCAGACUGCGCACAAGAGUGCCCGGAGGGGACAUUCGGGGUGGGAUGCCGAGGGUCCUGCUCCUGCGGGGGAGCGCCCUGCGACCGCAGCUCGGGGCAGUGCCGCUGCCCGCCGGGACGCGCCGGGCACGACUGCGCACAAGCCUGCCCUGAGGGUCGCUGGGGACUGGGCUGCCAGGAGAUCUGUCCCGAAUGCGCCAACAACGGCAGCUGCAACGCGGCCACGGGAACCUGCCUGUGCCCCCCCGGCUACACCGGCCCCCGCUGCCAGGACGUGUGUCCACCGGGCUGGUUCGGCCCAGGGUGCCAGCUGAGCUGCAGCUGUGGGAACGAGGGACAUUGCCAUCCUGUGACGGGGACGUGCAGCUGCGCGCCGGGCUGGACGGGGUAUAAUUGUCAGAGAGCUUGUGACGCGGGGCGCUGGGGCCCUGACUGCGUCCACACCUGCAACUGCAGCAACGGCGACGGGAGCUGCAGCGCCGAGACAGGACAGUGCGUCUGCCAGGCCGGGUACACGGGCGCCCGCUGCGAGCACAAGUGCCCGCAGGGAUGGUUCGGGCUGAGCUGUCGCCACCAGUGUCAGUGUGACAACGGGGCUGCCUGUGACCACGUCAGCGGGGCCUGUACGUGCAGCCCGGGCUGGCGAGGAACCUUCUGUGAGCACGCCUGUCCAGAUGGAUUUUAUGGACUGGAGUGCCGGGAUGCCUGUGACUGCCUGAACGGUGCUCGCUGUGACCACGUAACGGGCCAGUGCCACUGUCCCCCCGGCUGGGAGGGUCCCCGCUGCGGCCAGGCGUGCCAGGAAAGCAGCUACGGCGAGAACUGCAGCCAGACGUGCAACUGCUUCAAUAACGCGACCUGCGACCACGUCAGCGGGCGCUGUCUGUGUGCGGCCGGGUGGACGGGACCCACGUGCCAGCAAGAGUGUGCGCCGGGACGGCACGGGGCAGACUGCCGGGAGCAUUGCCAGUGCCACAACGGGGGGACCUGCCACCGCCAGACGGGACACUGCCUCUGCCCGCCGGGCUGGACCGGCGCCGCCUGCGAGAGCCCUUGUCCGGAGGGGCUGUUCGGGGCGCGCUGUGAGGAGCACUGCGACUGCGGGGACAACGUCUCAUGCCACCACGUCACCGGCGCUUGUGAUUGUCCCCAUGGCUGGCGGGGCCGGCGCUGCGAGAAAGCCUGCCUGCCGGGUUCCUUCGGGAAGGGCUGUGCCGGCCGCUGCGCCUGUCCCCCGGGAGCGCCCUGCCACCACGUCACCGGCCGCUGCGCCUGCCCGCCCGGCGCCACCGGCUCCGCGUGUGAAAAAGCCUGCCUGCCGGGGACCUUCGGCGAGGGCUGCGCUCAGAUCUGCCAGUGUCCCGGAGCCACCCAGGAGUGCCACCCGGUCACCGGUGCCUGCGUCUGCGCCCCCGGCCGCCACGGGCCCGCCUGCCAGCUGGAGUGCUCCCCGGGGUGGUACGGCCACAACUGCGCAAGGCCAUGCAAAUGCAAGAACGGGGGGGUGUGUGACAUUACCACGGGGACAUGCCACUGCCCGCCCGGCUACAUCGGCGCUGACUGCAGCAUCGGAUGUCCCGCUGGUCGCUAUGGCAAGGACUGCGCCGUGGUGUGCGCCUGCGGGGACGGCGCAACCUGUCACCACGUCACUGGAGACUGCGUGUGCCCCCCAGGAAGAGCCGGUCCCACCUGCGAGCAAGGCUGCGAGAAGCACCGGUACGGGCUGGGCUGCCAGCAGACCUGCUCCUGCCACAACGGGGGGCUCUGCGACGCAGCCGACGGCUCCUGCUCCUGUGCGCCUGGGUGGACGGGGAAAUCCUGCGAAUUAGAAUGCCCGCCGGGCCGGUACGGUGCCGACUGCCAGCUCCGCUGCGCCUGCCUGCACAACGGCACCUGCGACGCGGGGACGGGCACCUGCCGCUGCCCCAGCGGCCACUACGGGCCCCUCUGCGAACACAGUUGUCCCCCGGGCUUCCACGGAGCCGGCUGCCGGGAACGCUGCGACUGCGAGCACGGAGCAGCCUGUGACCCGGCCACCGGCCGCUGCCACUGUCCCCCUGGGCUCCAGGGCGAUCACUGCCAGACAGGCUGCGGGGCAGGGACGUACGGCGAGGGAUGCCAGCAGCUCUGCGACUGCGCCGGCGAUGCGCCCUGCGACCCGGCCACGGGACGCUGCCUGUGUCCCCCGGGGAAAACCGGCCCCACAUGCGGCUCCGAGUGCCGACCGAGCCGGUACGGCCCCGACUGCAGCCUGGGCUGCCAGUGUGACCCCAGCAGCUCCUACUGCAACGCCCGGAACGGUCAGUGCCGCUGUCUGAACGGGCACAUGGGCCCCACAUGUCGGGAAGGUGGUUCAGCCCCUCUGCCGCCGGCUGAGCACCCCUCCUCGGUCCCAGCCGCGCAGCCUCUGGUGCCCAGCGGGUCCCCUCCGCUGUGGGGGCUCCGGCCGGGCCAGCACUAGGUCCUGCUCCCUUGGCAUGACCAAGCAGCCACCUCGAGAAGCCAACGACCCGCUGAACAAACUGGUUUACAAGCCCCAGGAGCAGUUAUUUAUCAUCUCCUGGCAGACUGAGCUGCUGCUCGUGAUGUUGUCUGAGCCAGGCUGAAGCGCCGAGGGUCCCCAGGUCACUGUGGCGGCAUGGGUGGCCUCCAGGCACGCAUGGGGAUACGGACACAGUGGGGACACACAUGCACAUGCCAGCACCAGCGUAUGCCUGCAGCCAGACACCCAAAGGAACAGUUCAGAAGCAAUUGCUUCUGGCCAGCAGACAAUGGACUGUGAUGGCUUGUGGCAAAUUGCUGGCCUUCAUCUUUUGGGUGCUGGGCUUGGGGAGGCUGAAACUAUGGUCCAAAAAAAGUAUUUAUGCAAUAGUAUUUAUGGGAAGCUGCACAAGAGUCGUCAGAACUGAGAGCUGAAUGUGACCGGCUCUCCUGAGGUCACGCCUCCUGUACAAGUACCACCGCACUUGAAUUUUUUGUUGUUGUUUUGUUUAAAUCAAAUUUGCAAUGGUCUCAUACUGUAAAUUAUCAUCUGCUGUGGAGGACAAGACGAUGAGCCCCAGCACUCGCCUCUGCAGGUUUCCUGUGUCACUGGCAGCACCGUCUGCUCCUGACGAGCUUCGCAGGGGCACAGGAGCUGAUUUUCCAUACCAGGAGUAUGUCAGCCCCUUUGAGCCGCCCAUGUCAUUUGCUCCACCAACAAGCAAGCCUAAAUUAGUGUAACAAUCAGACAUACUGCGUGGAUAGACACAAAGCCCUUGCGUGGUCCAGUAAAUGCAAAUCUCUACGUGUUCUCACCCCAGCCUUGGACCCUCGAUCUAUUUGCACAAAGCCCUUGGGCAAACGCAGCCCGAGAGCCGACACUGUCCAAAGCCCCAGGCUCUGCGAAGGAGCUGGGACGGUCCCGUCCCGUCCUGUCCCCUGUGCCGCCGCAGCACCGCCUGCCCGCCCUGGGCCUGGAGAUCGAGCCCGCAGGGGCCGACUGAAAAUAAUGAAAGAGUUGUUUCUUUUCCUGAUGGAAUUUAUUUUAAUCUGUAUAUAACUUGUAAUUUUUUGCUAAUUCUUUUCUUAUUUUAUUUCUUCCUUAACAGUAUUUUUUGCGUUAGGUAUCAUUAUUGUGAAGAGAUAAUAUAAGUAUGUAGUGAAGGACCAAAAUUGUGUAAUUAAGGUUGUAUGUUGUAUGACUGAUAACCAGGGAGUAGGAAGAUUCUGUCCGUGUGCCAAAUGACCCUGCUCAAUCCUGCUGACCCAGAAGCCAGUGGGUGCAGCGGGAAGGGCCACCCAUUGAUGCCACCCAAUGAUGCCACCGUGCUGCUUGUCCCCUGCCCGAGGUGCAGAGAAGCCCUGGGCCCUGCUGUUCGCUCCAGGACAGCACAGAAACUGGCCCAGCCUCGAGCAUCGGGAUUAUCCGUUCUGUCCCAUCACACACCCAAAGCCUGAGCUGCAGCUGCACCCCCUUGGAAUAAACCAUAAGCGUGGGACCACAGCAAUCUGUACCUGUAUUUCUUAUAAUCACGAUUUUUUUUCCCUGUUCAUAUUUCCUAAUACAGUUUGUUUGCCUCCUGUUUUCAUGUAGUUAGUGUCUCUCAUUUUGGAGCCCUAAUUAGCACUGAUAAAAACUUUUAAUUCUUCCACAGCUAAUCCAAAUAAACAGAAAACCUCACUGAA